UGAGGGACACUGUCUAGGUUUUAUCUUAGCUGUUGUGUGAAGCCAUUGAUCCUGAAAUCAACCUCACUUAAGCUUACUUUUAAAAAUAUAUAUCACCACUAUUACUGUUUUUUUAUUAAGGAAGAGAGUCCUUGGAGUUGUUGUUUCCAUUCGGAGAGGCAGCCAUGAUCAGCCGUAACUUCAAGAAUGUGUUAGUGGUCUCAGUCGGGUUUCUGUCUCUGUUCACGGCUUACGGAGGGCUGCAGAGUUUACAGAGCAGUCUGAAUGCAGAGGACGGGAUGGGCGUGGCGUCUCUGAGUGUCAUCUACGCCUCCAUCAUCGUCUCCUCCAUGUUCCUGCCUCCCAUCAUGAUCAAAAACCUGGGCUGUAAAUGGACCAUUGUGGCGGGCAUGGCCUGCUACGUGUCAUACUCUUUCGGAAACCUCUACCCUGGAUGGUACACCCUCAUCCCUACCUCCGUGAUCCUGGGUCUGGGUGGCUCUCCCCUGUGGUCGGCUAAGUGCACCUACCUGACCAUCUCCGGGAACCUGCAGGGAGCCAAGGAAGGCAAGAAAGGAUCCAACGUCAUCAACCAAUACUUCGGCAUCUUCUUUUUUAUCUUCCAGUCAUCUGCCGUGUGGGGAAACCUCAUGUCAUCGCUCAUCUUUCAACAGGACACCAACAUAGCGCUCAUCCCGGACGAGCAGCUGCAGACUUGUGGAGCGGCGAACUGCGGCCUCAACAUCAGCAUCAACGGCACGACCACCAGACCGACUCAGGCGCUGGUGCAGACGCUCGUCGGAUGUUACAUCGGAGUGGGUCUGCUGGCCAUGCUCAUUGUGGCGGUAUUUCUGGACAACGUCGACAGGGAGCAGUCCAGCCAGUUCCGUGAGAACCGGGAGCCGUUCUGCCAAACCUUCCUGGCUACGUUCAGACUGCUGAAGGACUGGAGGCUGCUGACCCUCAUCCCUCUCACCAUGUAUAGCGGCUUCGAACAGAGCUUCCUCUCGGGGGAGUACACCAAGAACUAUGUAACGUGUGCAUUGGGGAUCCAUUUUGUCGGCUAUGUGAUGAUGUGCUUUGGAGCCAGCAACUCCCUUUGCUCCUUUCUGUUUGGGAGACUCGCUCGGUACACCGGAAGAACUGCGUUGUUCGCCAUAGCUGCUCUGGCCAACUUCGCCUGUAUCAUAGCUCUCCUGUUCUGGAGGCCCCAUCCUGAUAACCUGGCCGUCUUUUUUGUGUUUCCUGCUCUGUGGGGAAUGGCGGACGCCAUCUGGCAAACUCAGACCAACGCUCUCUAUGGCAUCCUCUUCUCACGGGACAAAGAGGCCGCAUUCGCCAACUACCGUAUGUGGGAGUCACUCGGUUUUGUUAUUGCCUUCGCUUACAGCACCUUCAUAUGUCUGGAGUAUAAACUGUACAUUCUGCUGGCGGUUCUGCUGCUGACCGCCAUCACUUACCCCAUAGUGGAGUACCACGAACACAAGCACCCCACUCUGCCCGUGGAGGAGGGGAGCAACCUAACUAGCAAAGCCGUUCAAAGAGACGAGAGCAACAUUAUUUGCCAGACAAAAAUUUAAUUUUUAAAAUCCUGGUCUGGUUUAUAAUACUUAUGCCUAAAUCGUGAAAUGAGUAGUAUUUCCUCUCAGAGAUGUUCUAUCCGGAUCUGUGCAAUCCUCAAUCUAACAUAUUUCCUCUAGCAGCAUUUUUCCUAUUUUUAUAAAUAGCACUCCGCUGACGAUAAAAAAAUGCUUAAUCAAUGUAUCAAUAAUUUAACUUUUGUGUCAAAAUACAACAUCAUUGAUGUUGUGGACAAUGAUUUUGUCCAACAGACAGUCGCUGCCUCCCGUCACCCCCCGUUUUGUGUUGAUAUGACUCCUUCUGUUUGUGAUUUUAAGGGGACGAGUGUCCAAUUUAAGGCCCUCAGAGUUCUCUGCUCUUUGCAUAUGAUGCGGUUCCAAGCUCACUUUCGCUCUUAUCAGUUGGACGUCCAUCUCAUGAGAGCAGUAGUUUCAAGUGGAAAAGGCUCAAGGUAACUACAAAGACCUCAUAGCUUUAGUACAAUACUUGAGUACAUGUACUUGCAUUUCACCACUGUAGCAUGUGAGGUUUUUGUAAUAAUGUCUUUACAGUCACAGCAUUCAAAAUGUCUUACUGUUUUAACAAUAUUUUUUAUAUUGUAAUAAAAACUAAUGCUUGUUGGAUUAAGUA